CCACGGGCCAUCCUGGACAGUUCGGAACCUUUAUUUGAUAAGACAGGCGUUGCUUUCCGGACGUGUUUGUGUGAGACGCCGCUGUCAAGACGGUCACAACUCGGAAGCUAACAAUAUUUUGGUGCCAGGAAGAUGAGCACCAAACAGGUGACCUGCAGGUACUUUCUGCAUGGAGUGUGCAGGGAGGGCAGCCGCUGCAUGUUCUCCCAUGACCCCUCCAACAGUAAGCCCUCCACCAUCUGCAAGUUCUACCAGAGAGGAGUGUGUGCCUACGGAGAACGAUGCAGGUAUGACCACGUAAAACCGUCGUACAGAGUAGGGCCCGGUCUUUCAGACAACAAGGCGGGAGGAGGCUCAGAAGGCGGAGCUUCAGUCAGAUCUGAACCCAGGAAGACGAUGGUCCUUAGAGAGAGAGCCGAUUUUACUUCCUGCCUACAAACAGACUUGAUGGACAAAAAUCUGUCAGUGGGGCAGGUCGACAGCAUGUUUGGGGGUCAAGCAGGCGGACUGGGCUCAGAGGUCACAGCUGCAGCGCCCCAGUCAUACGUGGAUGCCAUCAGAACGGGCUUGGAAGCUUCGGCCCCAGAACAAGCGCCUUCUCCGAUGGGCGGGGCCUUUCAAGACUUUUCCCAGCUGUGUCCUUAUGCUGCUGCCGGUCGCUGUUACUAUGAGGACAACUGCCCCUAUCUCCAUGGUGACCAGUGUGAGGUGUGCAGGCUACAGGUGCUACACCCACAUGACCCUGAGCAAAGGAGAGCUCACGAAAAGAUGUGCCUGCUGGCCUUCGAGAGUGACAUGGAGAAAGCGUUUGCUGCCCAGCUCAGCCAAGACAAGGUGUGUUCCAUCUGCAUGGAGGUGGUGGUGCAGAAGGUGAACCAGUCGGAGCGCAGGUUUGGGAUUCUUUCUUCCUGCUCGCACAUCUUUUGUCUGGCCUGCAUCCGACAGUGGCGCUGCACUCGCAACUUCAGCAACAAGAUCAUCAAGUCAUGUCCGGAGUGUCGCGUCAUUUCCGAGUUCGUCAUACCCUCAGUGUACUGGGUAGAAGACCAGGACGACAAGGACCACCUGAUAGAGCUGUUCAAGUCGGGAGUGAGCAAGAAAGCCUGCAGGUACUUUGACCAGGGUCGCGGCAUGUGCCCCUUUGGGGGUAAGUGUUUAUAUCUCCACGCUUAUCCGGACGGAACCCGAGCAGAACCCGAAAAGCCGCGGAAACAGCUGAGCGCCGAGGGAAACAUCCGGUUCAUGAACAACGUCCGGCUCUGGGACUUCAUUGAAGAGCGCGAGCAGCACCCUGGCCGACCUUUGCCCUCCCUCGACGAUGACAUCACAGAGCUGAGGGAGCUCUUCAUGCAGCUGUCGGCGCCGAGCCAAGACGGACCCGAUGCUCCGCCCGACCCAGAGCAGUAGCGACCAGAUAAGGACAGCGUUCCCGGGCAAACAAUGUGACGAGUUAGAAAGUGAGUUUUCUUGUGUGUAGAAGUAAAGUCGGCGUCCACACAGCAACACUUCUUUCCUGCCAGCUUGUAAAUGAAUUCAUGUAUUUAUAGGAGGUCACAACAGUCCAGUGGUUGCUUUACAUGACUCUGAGCUGUGUUUUAUUCUUGAUGUCAUCAAGCUAAUAAAAUUUGUUGUGUAGAACUGUA